CAUCACACUCAAUGGUAGCUCGGAAGUCUCAGAUUCACAUAUAGAAUAAUCUGAUCUCGAUUACCGAGCUCCUGCGCUACAGAACACGCAACCCUGCUCCGUGACAAUGGAUGGCGAUGACAGCGAUACCAGUUCACAGCCAGAUCAAUAUGCUAGGGACAAUGGUCUAUCAAUCGAUUCCCAGAUCGACCCGUUCUCGUUUAUCUUCCGGAUUCACGAUUCAGUCCCUCAGCUCACUCCAGACGCGGGUCCUAGUGGUCUGACAAUUGACACUUCUCUUCCUCUCCUCCAUCUUCCGACCCUGGACUUGCAAGACCAGCUCGGGGCCCCUGAAGAGUGCCCUAGCCAGAUAGCUAAAGCCCUCCAUCAUGAUGGGUCUGAUUUCAAUGAUCUCUUUUAUAGACCGCUAGCACAUUAUGAAGCACGUGAGCGUCUCCUGGGCUUAAAGCUUGACCAACCAGCUCUGUUUAGCGACCCAGAUCACGACUGUCGCAAGCUUGCUAGGGCUAUACGGGAGCAACGGCGGGCAGCCCUUAGCCCUGAGAUGUUUCCAUUGGAAAGGCUAAACAUGAACAAUGAUGAGGGCCUACAUUUCCCUGCCUCUGCGCUUCAUUUUAGGCGGAAACUCGAGCGUAUUGUCCUUCGCGAAAAGCUUGAUGUGCCCAAGGAGGCAAUACAUCACCUCGCCUAUGCCCUGCAAGAUGACUGGUCUAGCAAUGAGAGAUGCAAGCUAUUCCACGAGGAGAGGUCGCACCGAAUAUUUGUGCGUGACUUAGUGGUCACUCCUCCACUUAGCCCAUUUAGCGGGUCUGAAGAGCACUUCAUCCCAGAACCCCAUGUCUGUGAAGUUCCAAUUGCGUCCGACUUAGUUUCUAUGCUUGGCGACGAUGUUGAGGCUGCAGAAUCCGUCAUCUUGCAGAAGGAGUUCAGCAAAGAUGUGCCCCAAGUACUCAAUGUGAACGCCCCAGUACUCCCUUCGUUGCUUGCUCCGCCCGCGACUGGAGACGCAAGGCCUAAAAUUCGCUCGUUUAGAAUGGAAACCCCUUUAUCCCCUGUUACAUCACUGCCUCAGUCAUUUGAUGAACAGCAUGACAAUAUUCCAAACCUGCUGAGGAGUAUGGUACCCGAUCAUAUAAUAUCCCCCUCAAACUCCUUCAACAUGAAUGCUCCCCAGUUUGACAACUCGGAUUACGCUUUUGAUCACGACCUUGAGAUAGCCAUGUUGGAAAGCGCGGCAGCAGUAAGGCAGAAUCUUGAGCAACAGCAAAUCAGCAUUGCAGAUGCCAUAGCUCGAGUUGAAGUACCGAAUAUGGACUUUUCAUUUCCAGAACCCGGAUGGCAGAGCCUAACUACGGAUUCUCGGAGUCAUCUCCUGUGGCUGUGUGAGUUCUAUAGUAUCGCAGUACCUCCUUGUCCGAGAGAACCUCGAGUAGACUCCAAACUUCGCUGGAUCCCGUUUUUGGGAAAAAUUAAUUACCGCGAAUUAACGAAGGAAGAGUUCGACUGCGGGAACAGCUGGUCCCUAUUUCUCGGAUCUCUAGAUUCUAAGGAGAUACUAACUAGCGAGAACUACGUAUGGAAGCGACCGGGGUUGACUAUCCUACAUGAGUCAGAGAUUGACGAUUUUGAGGUCGCAUUAUCACUUCCUGAUGCGAAGCUCAGUUUGGCAAGUCUUGCUAGGAAAAGGCGGCUCGAGAAUAGUCAACUUGAAACGAAUAUGCGUCUUUCGCCAAGUUCAAAUGAGUCUAUUGACCUUAUAGUACCCUUUCAACAUAAGAGGCCAUCACAACACGCUCCGAUAGAAAACCUGGUCGGAAAUACUAAGAUUCUGCCUAGUACGGAAUCAAACCUAAACGUGGCAACUCUGCUUUCCAAUUAUAUCAACAUACGCUCAGCUAAACGUCAUAAAUCCAACAAGAGCGAAUUCUUUGUACCUAGUUCAGGGACCCAAGCCGCGCUGGAACUGGUCCCAGUUUCUGAGUCAUUCCAAACUGAAGAAAAUAACUCUAGCCUUCCAAAAACACCAGGAUUGUCAAAGAAGUUGCUAACUCCAUGCCCAGGGAUGAUGAUUCCAAACAGGCCCACAAAGCUUAUCAAGGGGUUGACUCUCAGCCGAAAGCUGUUCUCUAUGCUUGAACGGCUCUAUCCCGCUGCUGAGAUUAUCGAACGUGAUUUCAGUCGCUGGGACACAGCCGCCCGAAGCCUCUACCCUGCACCAAGAUCCUCCGUUGCCCUUCCCCUUACGGCUGAAGCCGACAUUAUAAUCUCCCCUGCUACGGGAAUAAUAGUAACAACACUGUUGAAAGCCAUACAAAAGCCGGUAAAUGCUAACGCGGGACGGUCGCCAUUACGUGAACGAAUUGCGCACACGGCGUUACGUUACGAGAAAUUGAUCGUGCUUGUGUCUGAAGGUAACACCAUAGACGAGGCCGUGCGUGAUUUCACAGUCUCAGAGACUGAAAUAUAUGCCGAGUUUAUUGCGUUCCUCACAAGUCUUGGUUCUCAUGUUGAAGUAUUCUACGUCGGAGGCGGAGAAGCCACGUUGGCAAAAUGGCUCAUAUCUUUUGUCGUUCAGCAUACACCAGAAGCCUCUAGCAUCCAGGAAUAUCUUAUUCACGAUGAGACAAGGUGGGAAGUCUUUCUUCGACUGGCUGGUUUUAAUGCAUACGCAGCGCAAGCUAUUCUUUUCCGUCUCAAGGCAAGGCGCGGUGGCUCGAGGGAAUCAAACGUAUAUGCCAAGUGUGGCUUAUCUACAUUUAUGUUGAUGACGGAUUCGGAGCGAAUGCAGAAUUUCCGGGAAUUAAUGGGAGGCGAGAGUGUGUUGAGCAGAGUUAAUCACAUGUUGAGGAUGCCAUGGAAGUAACCAACUUAUCUCUGUCGGAUUUUCGGCUUUUGACCGUUCAAAAGAUGUACUACAAAAGGGCCGAUCCCUUAUCUUCCCAUCAUUGGCUAGAUUCAGACUGUUUACUGCAACA